UCACAGACUCUGCUCAUCUGAAGCUGAGAGAGUGAGAGAGAGAGAGAGAUUUCAGAAGCAGCAUUUUCAGCUGAUCUUAGUCCGGAGAGAGAGAGAGAGAGAGAGAGAGAGAGAGAGAUUUGGGAAGGAGCAUUUUUCAACUGAUCUGAGUCCAAAACACUCUGUUUUAUCUUUCUCUGUGGAAUCGAGAUGAGUAUGUACGGACGAGAUCCGUGGGGUGGGCCGCUGGAGAUCAACGCGGCGGAUUCAGCGACGGACGAUGAACGGAGUAGGAACCUCCAAGACCUGGACAGGGCGGCCCUGUCCCGGCAGCUGGACGAGACCCAGCAGAGCUGGCUGCUGGGUCCCACUGAUCAGAUGAAGAAGAAGAAGAAGUAUGUUGAUCUCGGUUUCAUCAUCGUCAGCCGCAAGAUCUUCAUCUGGACCGUUGGUGCCCUCCUUGUUUCCGGCCUACUGGCGGGCCUCAUCACCCUCAUCGUCAAGACCGUGCCCCGCCACCACCACCCGCAUCCCGCCCCCGAUAAUUACACCAUUGCCCUUCACAAGGCUCUCAUGUUCUUCAAUGCCCAGCGAUCUGGGCCACUCCCGAAACAUAACAAUGUUACCUGGAGGGGGAAGUCCUGUAUGAAAGAUGGACUAUCCGAUCACUCUGUUAAUAAGAAUCUGGUGGGGGGAUUUUAUGAUGCUGGAGAUGCGAUCAAGUUCAACUUUCCUCAAUCCUUUGCCAUGACCAUGUUGAGUUGGAGCGUGAUUGAGUACAGUGCUAAAUAUGAAGCUGCUGGGGAGCUGAACCAUGUCAAGGAAAUCAUCAAAUGGGGGACAGAUUACCUUCUCAAGACCUUCAAUUCCUCUGCUGACUCCAUCGACAAGAUUGCUGCACAGGUUGGUGUUGGUGACACUUCGGGGGGAGUUAACCCUAAUGAUCAUUACUGUUGGAUGAGGCCGGAGGACAUCGACUACGCACGCCCUGUAUAUGAGUGCCAUGGCUGCUCAGAUCUUGCUGCUGAAAUGGCAGCUGCUUUAGCUGCUGCAUCCAUUGUUUUCAAGGACAGCAAGACCUACUCACAGAAGCUUGUCCAUGGUGCCACAACACUCUUCAAGUUUUCUAGGGAACAACGAGGCAGAUACAGUCCAAGAGGCUCUGAUCCGUCCCUUUUCUACAAUUCCACUAGUUACUGGGAUGAGUAUGUGUGGGGUGCAGCAUGGUUAUAUUAUGCUACUGGGAAUUCUUCCUACCUCCAGCUGGCUACUCACCCUACUAUGGCCAAACAUGCUGGUGCCUUUUGGGGUGGCCCAGAUUAUGGGGUGCUCAGCUGGGACAACAAGCUUGCUGGAGCUCAAGUCCUUCUGAGUAGGUUGAGACUGUACUUGAGUCCUGGAUACCCUUAUGAAGAAAUUUUGAGGACUUUUCACAAUCAGACCAACAUCAUCAUGUGCUCAUUCUUACCGGACUUCACCAGCUUCAACCGAACAAGAGGAGGUUUGAUACAACUGAACCAUGGAAGGCCUCAGCCACUCCAGUAUGUAGUCAAUGCGGCUUUCCUUGCUUCUGUUUACAGUGAUUACCUUGAAUCUGCUGAUACACCAGGAUGGUAUUGCGGACCGAAUUUCUUCCCCACAGAGUACCUUCGUAAUUUCGCAAGGACCCAGCUUGAUUACAUUCUCGGUAAAAAUCCUAGGAAGAUGAGCUAUGUUGUGGGUUUUGGUAAUCACUUCCCGAAACAUGUCCAUCAUCGUGGCGCGUCGAUUCCAAAGAACAGGAUUCGGUAUGCAUGUAAAGGAGGAUGGAAGUGGAGAGACAGCAAGAAGCCAAAUCCCAACACCAUCAUUGGAGCCAUGGUUGCUGGUCCCGACAGGCACGAUGGGUUCCGAGAUGUCCGUACCAACUACAACUAUACAGAGCCAACACUUGCAGGCAAUGCCGGUCUAGUAGCUGCAUUGGUGUCUUUGUCAGGUGACAAGACUGGUAUCGACAAGAACACCAUAUUCUCUGCAAUCCCACCAAUGUUUCCAACUCCUCCACCACCACCGGCACCUUGGAAACCUUGAGAGAUGAGAUUGUCUGAUUGUCAUACCCCGUUGGGAUUGUGAUAUGUAAAUGGAUGGUUAAGAGGGAAAGAGGACCUUGUGGCCACCAAACUUGUGAAAGACAAGAGAGCUGUUGUUCUUCAGAGUCUGUAAGAGUAUAAUUCCUUUAGAUUUGAUUUUUACCCCCUCUUUUCUCAUCUCCUACAAGGUGCACUCAACAUGUAUUAAAAGGAGCAGGUAUUCUUUUUAGAGGAAUUAUACCAUGCAUGGCGCAUCUUUGCGUAGGCUGUGGAUGGACCAAGGCUCCAAAUUUCAAUGAUCUCAUGUGAGGACAUUUUUUUUGAAAGGUGACCUGUUGUUGUAUUUCUCUUUUCAACCCUCUUUAUCUGUGGGCCCCAAAUUGAAGAUAUUUUCAGUGCAGACUCCAUCUACAGUCCUAUGCAAUAGAAAUAGUUGAGAACACUGAAUAAUGGCCCCACUUGAAACUAGUUGCAAGGUGUGCCACAUAUUGUAUAAUUCCUCGUCAUUAAUGUUGAGUUUCACAGUGAGAUGUCAACUAUCUGAAUAACCAAGUCGAUGUAGCCCUUCAACAACUUUGAAAUCUAUUACUGUUAUCUAUGUAUGUGAAUUUGUUCUUAUAUAAUGCGAUUUUGUUGUCUGUUA